CUUACUACUUACAUUUUUACAUUACAAAAUCCGGCGAUUGAAUUGCAUUUCGCACUCGGAGACGAAGACGUUGACAUCGUGUCAAAAAAAGUGAGGUGUUGUUUCCUAUAGUCAAAGGAAAUUGAAAUCGGGUGGAAAUUUUCUAUCAAGAUGGAUAAGUCAUGGGUCGUUUUCGGCCUUCUCCUUAUCGUGGGCCUCCACAGCGUAUCUGCCGACUUAAAGUUUGAUCCAGAUUCUGGCGACUCGGCGACUGUAAAUCUUGACCUCGGCGCAGGAAGAGAAGGAUCUCGAACGGAUGAUGAGUUAGUAAAACGUGAAGAAGAAGCAAUAAAGUUGGAUGGACUUUCGGUAGCUCAACUAAAAGAAAUACGGGAGAAGGCGGAUAAAUUUCAGUUUCAAGCGGAGGUUAGCCGUAUGAUGAAACUUAUCAUUAACUCGCUCUACCGGAAUAAGGAGAUUUUCCUUCGAGAAUUAAUUUCCAAUGCGUCCGAUGCCCUUGAUAAGAUUCGUCUCCUCUCCGUCACUGAUAGCUCUGUUCUUGACGCCGAGAAAGAAUUAAGUAUACGGAUUCGUGUUGAUAAGGAAGGUAAACUACUUCACAUCACGGAUACAGGGAUUGGUAUGACUAGACAGGAGUUGGUCGGCAAUUUGGGAACAAUUGCUAAAUCCGGAACAAGUGAAUUUCUCAGUAAGAUGCAGGAAGCGGCGGAUACGCAACAGUUAUCCGACUUGAUUGGUCAAUUUGGGGUUGGAUUUUAUUCCUCAUUCUUGGUUGCGGACAAAGUUAUCGUCACUAGCAAAUCGAACGAUGACAAACAAUACAUCUGGGAGUCGGACGCUGCCCAAUUCUCUGUUGCCGAAGAUCCACGAGGACCAACUUUGAAACGUGGGUCGCAAGUUAGUCUGCAAAUGAAACCAGAAGCCUCCACCUAUCUCGACCAAUCCACCAUCCGCGAACUUGUCAAGAAAUACUCGCAAUUUAUCAAUUUCCCAAUUUAUCUCUGGACCGAGAAGACGGUCGAAGAGGAAGUUCCCCUAGAUGACGACGACGCCACAUCGGAAAAGAAAGAGGACGCCAUUGAGGAAGACGAGGCACAAGUCGAGUCUAAAGAUGUGGAUGAGGACAAGCCAAAAACAAAGAAAGUCUCUAAAACCAUCCAUGACUGGGAACUUCUCAACAACGCGAAACCCAUUUGGACACGAAAACCAGCUCAAGUUGAAGAGUCCGAGUAUGAAGAGUUUUACAAGAGUUUGACCAAAGAUACUCAAAAGGCUCUCGCACACACGCAUUUCAUCGCGGAGGGUGAAGUCACGUUUAAGGCUCUGUUGUUCCUCCCUACCGUCCAACCAGCGGAAUCCUUCAACAAAUAUGGAACCCGAACUGAUAACAUCAAAUUGUACGUGCGACGUGUCUUUAUCACUGAUGAUUUCCAGGAAAUGAUGCCAAACUACUUGGCCUUUGUUCGUGGUGUUGUCGAUUCCGAUGAUUUACCUCUCAACGUGUCACGAGAGAAUUUACAACAAAGCAAACUUAUCAAGGUCAUUAGGAAAAAACUUAUCCGUAAAACACUCGACAUGCUUAAAAAAUUGGAGGGUGAAGACUAUGAAAAGUUUUGGAAGGAGUAUUCCACUAACAUCAAGCUCGGCGUUGUAGAAGACACAGCAAACAAGUCUCGCCUCGCCAAGUUGCUCCGAUUCGCCACAUCCGCCUCACCCACAGGAACUUCCUCGUUGACGGACUAUGUGUCGAGGAUGAAGGACAAACAGGACGCGAUUUACUACGUGGCAGGGUCAUCUCGAGAGGAGGUGGAGAAAUCUCCUUUUGUGGAGCGACUUCAAAAAAAGGGCUACGAAGUGAUCUAUCUCACCGAGGCAAUUGACGAGUAUUGCAUCGGCGCCCUGCCCGAGUUCGAGGGAAAGAAGUUCCAGAACGUGGCCAAGGAGGGAUUGACGCUGAACGAGAGCAAGGAAAAGAUUGCCGAGACCCAAAAGGUCUUCGAACCAUUGACAAAAUGGCUGGGAGAAAAUGCAUUGAAGGAUCAGAUUCUCAAAGCCACAGUCAGUGAACGUCUUGACAAAAGUCCCUGCGCACUUGUCACCUCCCAAUUUGGAUGGACAGGGAACAUGGAGCGAAUUAUUGUUUCACAAACGCACUCCAAACAAAACGAUAUUAGUCGAGAAUAUUAUUUGAAUCAGAAAAAAACGCUGGAGGUCAAUCCACGCCAUCCCUUGAUUAAAGAACUCCUCCGCCGAAUCAACGACGAUCCUACUGACGCUGUUGCGAAAGAGACGGCACUCACCUUGUUCAGAACAGCAACUCUCCGAUCGGGUUACAUGCUCAAGGACACGGUCGACUUUGCCGAGACAGUAGAGAAAAUGAUGCGUCAAAGCUUAGGAGUUCCGAUGGAUGAAGAGAUCGAUGAGGAAGAGCCCGACACUCCAGAGGAAGAUUUAGUUCCAGAAGAGGACGCGGAAGAAGAUGACUCCUCGUCGUCCAGGUCUGACCGGAAUGACGAUGGCGAUUCUGUCGAUUCGGAACACGACGAAUUGUGAAAAGAGUUUACUUAAAAACAUAAAUUCCAGUGAAAUUAAGUCAUUACCACGUUAUAAAUAGUAAUAUUAGGAGGAACAAGGAGAACAGUAAUUAUUUAUUCGUGUUUAUUAUGUAAUUUAUACAAAAUCUACUGAUCAAAUAAGGAGGGGUUUGUUUGUAAAGGAACAAAAUUGUAAUUUCUUGAACGUGUACUCUCUUUUGUCUUAAGUAUUGGGGUUUUGUGUCGGGAUGGUUCUCAUUAUUAUUAUUAUUUUAUAAGUAAGUUCCGUGAGAUUAUUAUUCAACCAUAAUUACAUUGUUAAGUUCCCAAUAAAACUAAACCGACCAACGACUUCAAUUGUA